AUGGCGGCCAAUCAGUCAGCGCGACAACAAAAACGGUCCCGGCCAAGCGAUGCCGCCGAGAAGCCUGCCCGGUCAAACGACGAGCGAUCCAAGAAGCGCCGAGUUUCCGGUGCCAGUGAGAACCAGAGCCCUCAAGCUACAAAACAAUCCAAAGCUGUGACAGUAUCCAGUGGUGAUGUCCAAGCAGAUGCUGAGGCCAAGCAAAAAGCCCCCGCGCCGUGGUCGUUCUCUCGCCCUAUCGGUGGCCGGUACACCAACUUGGACCCCAUCUUGACUGAGGACGAAACAUCUCUCUUGGUUGGACUCGACACAGCCGUCCAAGUAAUCGCCACUUCCACUUCUCGCAUCACACGUACAAUCCAAUUGGAGGCUGGUCAAACAAUUGUAGGACUUAGUGUCUGUCCUCAGGAUCACGAGAACCUCUAUGUGUUCACUUUGGCGGGAUCUAUCAGCAAGUGGAACUGGACCACCGGAAAACGAAUUGCGCGCUGGGAAACGACAUCUAAGACCAUCGCGACGAGUUUGGUUUCCAUCGGAAAGGAAGAGAGCAAAUCCACCUUGUGCUUCUCCAUCAACUCGUCCAAGGGUGGAAAGCGCCAGAUUUCAGUCAGCCCUCUUGGAGAUGAGAAAAUCCAAGGUACUACUAUUCUCGAGACAUCUCAGAGACUCAGCUUUAUUAAGGUGACCGGCAACGGUCGUGUGGUCCUUGCGAGUGAUGGAAGUCAUGUGUUCCUGGGAACCACGAAGGGUACAGAGCUUCAAACCCUUCAGAAUGUGCAGUACAACUGGCGCGAGGUCGUCCUUCCUGUUCAAGCAGCCAGCUUUGAUAUACAGGGCUCAGACUCGAUCGAUUUGGCCGUAGGAGCGACUACCGGCCCUAUCCUGGUCUACCAAAACAUUGUGGACACCCUCUUUGGCAAGGAUAGCAGUGACAAGAAGAUCGCGCCCAGGAAGCUGCACUGGCACCGAGACGCUUGUAACACUCUGCGUUGGUCCAAAGACGGAAAUUAUAUCAUCUCAGGUGGCAAUGAAUCUGUCAUGGUUCUCUGGCAAUUGGACACUGGUCGCAAAAACUUCCUCCCCCAUCUGUCUUCGCCCAUUUGCAACAUUGUCGUUUCAUCAAGCGGCAGCGCUUACGUUGUCAAGCUGGCUGACAACUCCAUCAUGGUUUUGUCAACAAGAGAAUUGCAGCCUAUCGCCUCAAUCACAGGACUGCAGCUGUCCCCAGACGCCGGGGCUUCUGUUGGUUCCUCAAAUGGGUCCAUUGUGGCAAAACUACACCCCCAGCAACCCGAGAGACUGAUUGUUUCCGUGCCAGCCUCUCACCAAUUCACCCAAAACCAGCACAGCUCUCAGCCUGCAAACGCGGCCGUGCUUCAGACAUAUGAUAUCCGUUCCAACUCCAGCAUCUCCCGCCAAGCUCUUGCGCGCACUAAUGCCACUACAUUGAACAUGGGUCCUGAAGGCACCCAUGUCUUUGCACCCGAUGUCAAGCACUUGGACAUAGUGCAUGACGCCAAGUGGCUAGCGACAGUCGAUUCCUGGGCACCACACGCCCAGGACGUGGGGGCUCUCGAUCGCAAGGCUGCUGCCACCCACCAGGAAGUCUUCUUGAAGUUCUGGAAGUGGGAUGCUUCGUCUGAUACAUGGGAAUUGGUCACACGUGUUGAUGGACCCCACUUCUCUGCCAACCACCAUUCCACCGUCCUCGGUCUGGCCUCCCGCCCAGGCGUCCAUGAGUUCGCCACACUGGGUGCGGACUCAACCCUCCGUUUCUGGUGCCCAACUGUCAAGCACCGCAGUGGUCUCAGAGCCAAGGAUCAACCCGAACAGCCCUUGAACACUUGGAAGUGCCGAGGCAUCGUCGACCUAAAGGGAUGUCUUGACACCGCGCAAGAUUCGCCCCUGAAGUCGGCUUGUAUGUCAUUCUCUGAGGACGGCUCCGUCCUGGCCGUUUGCCUACCCGCCACUUCGGCAGCAAAUGACGGCCUCGUUCUCCUUGUCAACGCUCGCGACUCCACCGUGCACUAUCGCCGAACAGGCGUCUUCCUUGGAAACCCUUGCUCCACAAGCUUCCUGGGAGGUCAAUUGAUCAUCGCGUCUACCCACUCCGUCGUUGCGUGGAACACAGUCGACGAUGUCGUCCGCACCAUCCAGUCUUCUGACUCCGUUGACUCGCAGGGCACUGGGAAUACCAUGAUUGCUGUGAACGCGCGAACCAACUCGCUCGCAAUCACUUAUGCCACAGCAAACAAGAAGAAGAACAAGGCUCGAUUUGAAAUCAAGAUUUACGAUGCCUCCACCUUCGAAGUCGUCUUCCAAGAAGCUCUCAAGAGCGCACCCGUUUCACUGCUCGCGGAUGCUUACUCAGGCGACUACGUUGUCCUUGAUACCGCCGCCACAGUGCAGCGCCUCGGUUGCCUGGACAAGGCAUCCCAGAAGAGCCAGAACAACCAGUCUCGUGAUGUGACUGGACAAAUCGACAGCGGGUUGUCGACUCUGUUCUCGCGGACGGAAAAGCCCGCUCAAGCCCAAAUUGAGGAUGUGGCCGAUUUCUCAGCCCAGACCAAGGGUCUGGCUGGCGUGUUUGGCGAGACUCCUUCUUUCUCUCUGCCUGCUAUUGGAGUCCUCUUCAGGAACGUGGUUCAAACCCUUGGUGCAAACUAA